AUGAAACACGCUGCUUCCAUGCUCCUGGCUGCGGGCCUCGCGGCCGCGCAGACUACCACCGUCUCGAUCCUGUUGCCGAUGGCCGAUGCGAUGCCCCAGCAGAUGGCCGGCUCCGUCAUCUCGGCCGGUCCCACGGCCACGCAGUACUUCGUGAACUGCCCGUCGGACACCCCGUCGUACGAGUGCGGCCUUGGACCCGGGCUCACCGUCGUCUACGGACCGUCGACCUUGGGCUAUACCAUGGCCUACACCGCCGAAGAGAACCAGGUCUACUCUGUGGAAGCGAACUGCAAGCUAGACCCGAGCAAGGACGUCGCCUCGUGCGUCGGGGAGAUGGUGUCGGCCAAGGCGACCUCGCACGUGAGUGACGUCCUCACGGGGUACAAAAGCAUGAUCGUGCCCGUCGCCAUCACCGCGGGCGCCGACAAGCUGGCGGGCGGCGCCGGCACUACCACCACCGUGGACAGCACCGCCACGGUCACGGCCACCGGCACCGAUACCACGCUCUCUACGGCCACGAACACGGCCACCGUCACGAACAGCCAGGGCACCGAGACCACCAGCGCGACCACGAGCUCGAGCACCGGCGGCGUCCCGCGCAUCACCCAGAACGCCGUUGUCCUGGGUGCCGCUGCUUUCGUGGGCGGUGCCAUGCUCAUGUAA